UAUCAACUUAUUACGAAUUCAGACUUCGCUCGUUCGCAUUAACAAUUAACAGUGUAUCUUAUCGUAGCUUCUUCCUGACAGUAGCGGUUCAUCUGCGUUAGACAAUCUCAUUAAUGAACUCAUCGCGGUGUGGUACGAAUUCGUGAUUGUCGUGAAAUUGCAAUGAUGAAUUACCACCCCCUACUGUGCGUGCUGCUAGUGCUAACGUCGGCGGCGGCCCAACAGCCCGCAAUGUCUUGCAGCUACAAAGGGCGCGGUUUUCUCACGUCCAUUUGCGUUAAUGCCAUCCCAUCCUUUUUCCGUAUGACCGUCUACCGCUUCGACAAUCUUGACGAGACGCUUCAGUGCGUCAACUGCACUUUGCAAGUCAUCGAGAGCUACACGUUUGACAUAUCCGGUAACCAGAUCAAGCAACUUGAUCUGACCGACUCAAAAAUCACAGUUUUGAAACCGAAAGCCUUCAUGGGGCUCGUCUUCUUGGAGACACUCAACCUGAAGGACAACCAAAUCGUUUCAGUACCGGCAGAGACCUUCCAGGGCAUCACCAAGGUGAAGGACCUGAACAUGGAAAACAAUCGGAUUGAUAAACUGCUGGCGAACGGAUUUAAAGAGCUGACGAAUAUGCACAAGCUGAAUUUGAAGGCCAACAACAUUAAGAGUAUCGAGGACGGUUCCUUUAACGGCUUGGGUUCCGUGGAAGAGCUCGACCUCUCCAACAACGAAAUCACGACAAUUAACGGAAUCUUCACCGGUUUGGUUAGCGUGCGCUCGCUCAACUUCGAAAAGAACAAGAUUUCGAAGCUCGAUCCACUCGACGUCGAACAGCUGAACGUGCUCCUCUACCUGAACUUGGCCAGAAACAACCUGAAGGUCAUUUCGAACAACACAUUCCUGCAACUGCCCCGCUUGGAAACUCUAAACCUGUCCUCAAAUCCAAUUGAAUCCGUCGAGGUCGGUUCGUUUCGCGGAUUGGACGCACUAGAGGAGCUGGAUUUGAGCAGCUGCCUAAUUGAGAACAUCCAAAAAGGGCUACUGCUCACCCUUCACCGGUUGCGCAUACUGAAUUUGUCCUACAACCGGCUCAAGGUUUUCAAAACUGGCCUUUUCUCCGGAUUACCCGAGCUGAGAAAGCUGAACAUGUCCCACAACAAGAUUUUGACGUACGAGAAGACCGGCCUAUUCCCAUUGCAUAGUCUCCACAACCUGGACCUGUCCUUCAACAACCUCACCGAUCUAGACUACAAGCUUCUCAUCGACCAUCUCCCGGCCUUAUCCCACAUAGGUCUCGAGGAGAACUCGUUACCGUGCUACCUGAAGAAGGAGAUGGAGGAGACCUUCAAGCACGACAAUCUUAUCUUCAGCCUGGGUGCGGACGCCGAAGACCCCAACUUUAAGUGCCCCACGCGAACGACCGUGGCUCCCGACGACGGACCAGACGACGAAACCAACGCGGUGACGGUCACCGCACCCGUUUACAUGCAGACGUCCGACGGACACCAGUACGUGCUGUACGUCUUCGUGGCGGUCGCGUUAAUAUUAAUGUCGCUCCUAUUUUACCUGCAAUAUCGCAAUCGUACCGAAAUCACCAGGAUCGUGGGGAGGACGAACGUGUCAGAGACGAGACUGAUCUCCAGCGAGCUGGAGGACGGGGAGGCUUAUCCAAGCUCUGACAUUACACCUUACUCCUUAAAAAAAGUUCGAGACGCCGUUAAUCGUAAACUAAGUUUUGUUGUAAAUAAAAUGAUUGGUCCAAAAACUUUGUAUGCCACCAUAACGGAAACGCUUAGCUUAGUUUUGUUACAGAUGAAUUACCACCCCCUACUGUGCGUGCUGCUAGUGCUAACGUCGGCGGCGGCCCAACAGCCCGCAAUGUCUUGCAGCUACAAAGGGCGCGGUUUUCUCACGUCCAUUUGCGUUAAUGCCAUCCCAUCCUUUUUCCGUACGACAGUCUACCGCUUCGACAAUCUCGACGAGACGCUUCAGUGCGUCAACUGCACUUUGCAAGUCAUCGAGAGCUACACCUUUGCCAUAUCCGGUAACCAGAUCAAGCAACUUGAUCUGACCGACUCAAAAAUCACAGUUUUGAAACCGAAAGCCUUCAUGGGGCUCGUCUUCUUGGAGACACUCAACCUGAAGGACAACCAAAUCGUUUCAGUACCGGCAGAGACCUUCCAGGGCAUCACCAAGGUGAAGGACCUGAACAUGGAAAACAAUCGGAUUGAUAAACUGCUGGCGAACGGAUUUAAAGAGCUGACGAAUAUGCACAAGCUGAAUUUGAAGGCCAACAACAUUAAGAGUAUCGAGGACGGUUCCUUUAACGGCUUGGGUUCCGUGGAAGAGCUCGACCUCUCCAACAACGAAAUCACGACAAUUAACGGAAUCUUCACCGGUUUGGUUAGCGUGCGCUCGCUCAACUUCGAAAAGAACAAGAUUUCGAAGCUCGAUCCACUCGACGUCGAACAGCUGAACGUGCUCCUCUACCUGAACUUGGCCAGAAACAACCUGAAGGUCAUUUCGAACAACACAUUCCUGCAACUGCCCCGCUUGGAAACUCUAAACCUGUCCUCAAAUCCAAUUGAAUCCGUCGAGGUCGGUUCGUUUCGCGGAUUGGACGCACUAGAGGAGCUGGAUUUGAGCAGCUGCCUAAUUGAGAACAUCCAAAAAGGGCUACUGCUCACCCUUCACCGGUUGCGCAUACUGAAUUUGUCCUACAACCGGCUCAAGGUUUUCAAAACUGGCCUUUUCUCCGGAUUACCCGAGCUGAGAAAGCUGAACAUGUCCCACAACAAGAUUUUGACGUACGAGAAGACCGGCCUAUUCCCAUUGCAUAGUCUCCACAACCUGGACCUGUCCUUCAACAACCUCACCGAUCUAGACUACAAGCUUCUCAUCGACCAUCUCCCGGCCUUAUCCCACAUAGGUCUCGAGGAGAACUCGUUACCGUGCUACCUGAAGAAGGAGAUGGAGGAGACCUUCAAGCACGACAAUCUUAUCUUCAGCCUGGGUGCGGACGCCGAAGACCCCAACUUUAAGUGCCCCACGCGAACGACCGUGGCUCCCGACGACGGACCAGACGACGAAACCAACGCGGUGACGGUCACCGCACCCGUUUACAUGCAGACGUCCGACGGACACCAGUACGUGCUGUACGUCUUCGUGGCGGUCGCGUUAAUAUUAAUGUCGCUCCUAUUUUACCUGCAAUAUCGCAAUCGUACCGAAAUCACCAGGAUCGUGGGGAGGACGAACGUGUCAGAGACGAGACUGAUCUCCAGCGAGCUGGAGGACGGGGAGGCUUAUUAACGUUAGGUAUUAAAUAAAUUAUGCAGCUUUGCCUAUGUACCUUUAAUAAUAAAUCGAAUUUAGUAUAAGUGCGA